GACAAUCUCAGCUUUCCGUUUCACGCCGACUUUAAAUGAUUCGUUUUUCCGAAUGAUUAUUUACAGUUGCCUGCUGGUUUUAAUGUCACAUUUAGAGUAUCUUUUAUUUAAAUAAUUUGAAAUAUCAGUAUUCAAAAGACAAAUAUAUGUUGUAUGUUGAAGACGUGGUUACGGCCUGAAGCAAAUUAAUAUGAUUGCCGAUAAAAAUACAGGCGCAUACUUUGUAGUCCACUGUUGCUGUAGCGGUUGUAAUAUCAGCGCUCGACGAAACGUGAAAAUAGACCUCAAUGUUUGUAAACUGCAUCAGUUUCGAACAAAUAUGUCGAUAUUUUAUUCAAGUUAGAGACAGGUGACGGAUAUUCCCAUGCGGUGGACACACCCUCUACUGGCAACUUUACCGCUAGUGCUUCCCACGGUGAUGCGCAGUCUCGCUCUCAUCGCUCGCUCUGUGCCUCGGAGGGCUUUGGAAAGCCUAUCCGGUUGACGUGAGGGAAAAGAGCUGCUUUAAGUGAGCGGGAAAGUAAAUGGGAUGAAAGCUCAAGUCACUAGGUCAGCAGGUCGAACAUUCAAAGCUUCUUAACUGUAGCAGGUGGAAGGAGGAAGAGCUAGAGGAGGAGGAGGAAGCGCUCUGGACUCCGCGCGGAGUGUGGGAAGACCUCAGUGGUCUUUAUCAUUCACCUGUGCCACAUUUUCUUCGCUCGUUUUCACGCCGUGUCUUCGCUAUGGACACAUGGACAGUGUAAAGAAAGGGGCACCAAACAGGGGAAGGCUGUUCCGUACGCACAGACCAAGUGCGCGAAUGUCUGCUAUGAGAAUGGAUAGAGACCGAAAGAGUUGGCACUCCUGGGAGAGCUCGAGUGCGGGCGGAAGGAGCGCCGCUCGGGCGACGGUAAGGGACGCGGAGCGCGGGCAGCGCUGGAGCGUGAUUCUCCUGCUCUCGCUCGCGCUGCAGCCGCAGGUUGUCUGUGCGGUGGGCACAUUCGAGGUCCAGAUUCGACAGUGGCUAAACCCUCAGGGCUUUCUGCAGAGCGGUCAGUGCUGUGACCCCCAGGCCGGUGGGGGGCAGCGCUGCUCAUCAGGUGAUCAGUGCGAAACCUUUUUCAAGGCCUGUCUGAAGGAGUACCAGGCUCGGGUUGCACCAACCGGCACCUGCACAUAUGGCACCGGGAGCACACCUAUCCUGGGUGGCAACUCCCACACCAUACAUCAUCAUAGAAACGAGGGAUUCGACAGCAGAAAUGGACGAAUUGUUAUCCCAUUUAAAUACGCAUGGCCGAAAUCGUUUUCUCUGGUGAUCGAGGCUCUGGACCACGACAAUGAAACAUCAGAGGCAGGUAGGGAGGAAUUAAUAGAACGAGUGCUGCUGUCCUCCAUGCUGAACCCAGGCGAGCAGUGGCAGUCCUUCCGGCAUCACGGGCGCACGUUCACUCUGGAAUACCGCCUGCGCUUCCGCUGCGACACCAAUUACUACGGCCCACUGUGCAACAAACUCUGCAGAGCACGGGAUGACUUUUUUGGCCAUUUCGACUGCGAUCCUUCGGGUACUAAGGUGUGUAAGGAGGGCUGGACCGGAGCAGAGUGCAGACAGGCGGUGUGCAAGCAGGGAUGUCACUUAGAACACGGCUCCUGCGAUCUGCCCGGAGAGUGCAAAUGUCAUUAUGGCUGGAAGGGUGAUCUGUGCGAUGAGUGCGAGACGUUUCCUGGGUGUGAUCACGGCACUUGCACUGAACCCUGGAAGUGUGUGUGCGACACAAACUGGGGCGGCCUGCUCUGUGACAAAGAUCUGAAUUAUUGUGGUAACCAUCAGCCGUGCAAGAACGGGGGUACAUGUACCAACACCGAACCCAACGAGUACCUGUGCGUGUGCCAGGAGGGUUUCCGCGGCCGCAAUUGUGACAUCGUUGAGCAUGCCUGUCUCUCCUCUCCAUGUGAGAAUGGUGGAACAUGUGUUGAAGACCCAACAGGCUUUAGCUGUGUGUGCGCGCCAGGCUGGACGGGACCCUCCUGCGCCUCCGCAGUGUUGCAGUGUGACUCUAGUCCUUGUGGACGCGGAGCCACGUGUCAGGAGACGCCGCAGGGCUUCCAGUGCGCGUGUCCUCCGUUCUGGACCGGCAGAACCUGCCAGCUCGACACUAAUGAAUGUGAGACUGGCGUGUGCGUCAAUGCCCGUUCCUGCCGCAACCUGAUUGGAGGAUAUCUGUGUGACUGCCUCCCCGGUUGGUCGGGACCAAACUGUGACAUCAGGAACAGUAGCUGCCAGGGCUUGUGUCUGAAUGGAGGACACUGUAAGGACUCUCAGUGCACGUGUUUGCCGGGUUUUCUCUGGUAAACUGUGCCAGGCCGCAGUGAACGCCUGCGACAGCAACCCCUGUGCGAACGGAGGGCAGUGUACGGAGCGUCAGGGCGGCAGAGGCAUGUUCUGCA